GAGAUCUGUUGUUGUCCAUGGCGAAAAUAGCUAGAUUGCGUGCCAUUGAGCUGGUGCUCAGAAUACUUGCCUUAUCGCUUUGGUUUCGGAAUGCAUCGGCUGAACCAAAAGUACUGUGCUACUAUGACGGUGAAGCAGCGGUAAGGAAAGAUACUCUCGCAGGUAAAGUGACCUUAGCUGACAUUGGGGAGGCAUUGCCAUUCUGCACCCAUCUGCUUUACGGCUACGCCGGGAUCGACGUCAAUACCCAUCGUAUACGCGCACUCAACGAAGAUCUUGAUCUGGAAUCUGGAAAAGGCCAUUUCCGAGCUGCAACGGAGCUGAAAAACAAGUUUCCGGGACUGCAGGUCUUCUUGAGUAUCGGUGCUUACUACGAUCUGAAUGAGGAAAAUCAUUCGCUAAAGUAUCUGUCACUUCUGGAAUCUGACGAGACACGG